UUGUUUGCCAGGUCGGCCGGCUCGAAUGCGUAGGAACAGAUCGACGGAACAGGCGAGCGAGGAAGGGAGCGAGCGAGCAAACAGGGUACGUACUCGACAGGCUUGCUGGCCUGCGCGUGCAUACAGCGAGAGUGCAUGGGUUGACGCAUCGAGCCCCAGAAGAGUAUGUAUCAAUGACAACAACGACGCGCCGCAUAACCGCUCGGUGGAUUGGGUGCGUCAGCUCAUGCUGCAUUGUUGGACAUGGCCAGUGUUGUAUUGGGCGUGUGUGCAGUGGGGAAUUGCUUGAUAUUGUACGGGUAGCAAUCACCGUGGAGCCAGAGAGGCAUGUCUGUCCUGGUGGACAAGUGGUGGAAUUUGAACAAACAUGAGAGCACGUGACAGCGCCAAGGCAGGGGUUUUUCUCUACAGGCCUGUACCGUCUGAGUGAUGGCAUAUCAUAAUCAUGUCGCAGGAGUCGACGAGGAUACCUGCUAGUGCCUAGAAUUGAUAACGACAGGGGCCCUUUUUUUUUCUUUCUUUCUUUCCUUCUUCCAUUGUUCUUCUCGUGUCUUGCGUGCGCAUGCAACGUUCCUGGCGGAAGGUUUUUUUUUCCCCUCCCCCUGGAGUAGACUCUGGAACAUAGGUACAUACUUGGUAUAUAUGUAUGUACAGACGGAAAGAUGGCAGCAUGGUGGACCAUGAUGAAUGAGUUCUGCUUGACUCGCUCGCGAGAACAACAACAACAGCAGCAGCAGCAUCGAUCCGCUUUGUUGGGUGUGGACACGAACAAAUGGUUCGCCCUCAUCCAAGCAUCCCUGCCUGCCAUGGCCCGGGCGGCGGCUGCUGUUCGAAUGCCUAAGCUACUCAACUUACCUAGCCUUGUAUAAGCAGGUAUUAUGGAUGGAACCAACGAAUAACACAACACCCGCGUUUGCUUUCAUCCCCCUCCCAUCCACCAUCCAUCCGUCUGUUCGUUGCCUUUCAGCUCUCGUCGUCCACACAUAGAUAGUCCCAGGCUCCCUGCCGCCUACGUGCGUGCGUGCGUGCGUGCGUGCAUGCAUUACAUACGUACAUCGACACAUUUGCCUGUCCCCGUCCAUCGCUCGCUCGCUCUCCGUGUGCAUGCGCGCGCGCCUUCUCACUUGCCCGAUUGCUCGUUGGUCCCCACGUCUCCGUCCCUUGGGGCCCGGCCCAUACCUUUUUCAAUCCGCAUACCUUGCCUUGCCUUGCCUUGCUAGUCGCCUAGCCCGCCGCCCUCUACACGCCUGCCUGCCAGCCUGCACCACCGCUCUUGUCCAGCCAGCACAGGGUAAGUCCUUUUUUUUUUUCCCUUUCCCUCUCUGUCCCGUCCUGUCUCGUCCUGUCCUGUCCUGUCCUUGUCCUCCGCCGCCGCCGCCGCCCGCCAGCCACACGCGCGCUUUAGCCUCCGCUGCCUCCAUCAUUUUCCUUCCAUCCAUCCACCCACCCAUCCACAUCCACCGCUCAUCCCUCUCCUCGCUUCUCUCCCUCCCCCGAACAAUCAAUCGUUUGUGCUCGGCCGCUAACCGCAACCCCCCCCCUCCCAGCCAUCAUCCUUCAACACGCAGGCGCCUUCUAUUGCGCACUCGACGACGGGGCUAAACACUACUGCAGGUGCGCAGCCGAGGCAAAAGAACAGGGGCUUUUUCGCCUGCAUCUCUCUGGCCCGCUCUCCGUCACGCCCACCCACCCUAGCCCUGUUGGCGUCCGAAGCUUGAGAUUGACAUACCCUCCAUCAUCCUCAUCACUGGUCGCAGAGCCUCCACCACCACCUCCGCUGCUCUGCUUCUCUCUCUGCUGCUGCCGCCCUCUGUCUGCUUGCCUGUACAUGUCGGCUCUUCCAAAUCUUCCACCGCGGUCGCCACUACCCAGCUAACCGCAAACUCUCUCACCACCCAACAUGGCCGAUCCAAACCAGGCCCGACAGCCCUCUUACCCGUCGCCGCACAACUCUUAUCCCUCACCGCAAAUGCCCGCCUACACCUAUCCUCCACCUCAAGGCCAGGCAUCCGAACCCUACCGCUCCCCCCAGGGCUCCAACAUGUCGCUGCCGCCCUUGAACCUGCCGCCUAUACGGGUCGAUGGACAGCCGCAGCAGCAGCCCCAGCCUGGACAGCCGUCCAUGGGCUCACCACUCGCUCCCCCUCCUCACGGUAUGCAGCAAUACUAUGCGCACCCAGGCCACGCGCCGCCCGGCCAGCCCAUGGGCAUGAACGCGCAGCACUUGGCCAUGCGAUACCAGCUGCCGCCCCAGGCAAACGAGCAGAGAAUGAUGUCUGGCGGCCGCCACAAGAAAGAGAUCAAGCGGCGCACCAAGACGGGAUGUUUGACAUGUCGUAAACGAAGAAUAAAGUGCGACGAAGCCCACCCUGUCUGCCGAAACUGCCAAAAGAGCAAGCGCGACUGCUUAGGCUACGAUCCCAUUUUCAAGCAGCAGCCCAGCCCGGCGCAAAUCCAGCCAGCACCCAAUUCAGCACCUCAUCAGGUCUCCGUACCCGCGACCACUCCCCCUUCCUCUGCCGCGUACGCUGGCCAGGUCCCUCAAGGCUACGCGCCCGCUGCAUCUGCUGGCUACCCUCCGCCUCCGCCUCCAACCGGUACGGGUCACCCUCAGCACGACGGCUUCAACAGCUCUGCUAUCGAUCCUGCCCUCGCUGCUGCUACCGAUCCCUCGAUGCACAGCCAGCCGCAAUACAACGGUGUGCAUGCGCUGAAUCCCGCGUUACGAGGAAGCCCGUACUCCUCAGCACCUCCAGAAGGUCCUGUCAAAGGAAACAAGAUGAAGAUCUCGGAGAUUUUCCCCAUUGCGAACCACAACCCCCCAGAAGUUCCUCCACGUGCUGUAUCAAUACCGCAGGAGCUUGAUGACGAGUUCUCGAAUAUUUUCAAGAAUGAUUACUGUGCAGGCCUCGACGUAAUGCUGGAGACGAAGUGGUUUUCGACCGACAACAAUGCGCUGAACCGCGUCUUUGCCGACCGAAAUCUCCACGAGGAAGCGGUUUUCUUUACUGAAACGGUAAAGUAUAGAUCCGGCGCAAAUGACAUGAGCGGCGUCUUUAGCCAAGAAGCGCGUCUUCUCUGGCAUCUACUGGAAACCUGCAAGCACUCUACCAACGGGAUGAACGGUACUGCGCCCACUGGCGAAAGCGACGAUUUGUGGCUACGCGAAGUGCAGGCUAGAUUUGAUAUUCUGGAGGCGCUCUUGACCAACCAGACUCUGGAAUCCAACCCGAUCAAUCAGCUGGCAUACCCAAGCGAUCUUCCCGAGCAAAAAACGCACGAGUUGGAAUUCUGGCAACAGUUGGGCGACUUUGUCGUGGUCGCUGAUCAUGAUGUGGGAGCGACCGAGUACGCUCUCAGCAGGAUGCGCAAUGUCUUGAUGGCCCAGGAAGUCCGUGAUGCCAUUUACUCCAUUGCCAUUGCGCGUCAUGUUGGCAACAGAGUGCGCGGUUUCCCCAAUGCACUCCCGGCGCCGGUUGAUUCAAAUCCCGAGAGCGAUCUCAACAAGCUCAGUGUCGCCAUGUCGUUCAUCAGUCACGAGUGCCGAAGUGGCUCGCAGCAAGUUAUUGCCCGCAUCUGCGACAUGGCAUUGCUUUCUUGGACAGUGGGCAGAUCUCUAUAG